GAAGGGUGAGGAUCUGGAAGCUCAACGUUGUUUCAGAUUUCCAGCAUCUGCAGAUUUCUUUCGUUUGCAGAGUAUAUAGUGUAUGCGUCUCCAAAAUGAUUUGCGUGGUUUUCUUUACCAACUAAUGUUAAAAUGUCUACUUCUGAUUAUGUUCUGCUCAAUACUGGACAAAAGAUGCCUCUCAUUGGGCUGGGGACAUGGAAAAGUAGACCUGAUGAGGUAAAAACAGCUAUCCUGAAUGCAUUAAAGAGUGGUUAUCGUCAUGUGGACUGUGCUACAGUGUACAAUAAUGAAGCUGAAAUUGGAGACCUCUUUAAAGAAGUAGUUGGCGUUGACAAGAUUGUGAAACGUGAAGAACUUUUUGUAACCUCCAAGCUGUGGAAUAAUAAGCAUCAUCCUGAAGAUGUGGAAGCUGCUUGUCGCAAAUCUUUGGAAGACCUGAAGCUCACUUACCUGGAUUUAUACUUGAUCCAUUGGCCUUAUGCCUUUCAAAAAGGUGACAACCCCUUCCCAGUGAAUCCUGAUGGAACAAUACAGUAUGAUUAUAUUGAUUAUAAGGAAACUUGGAAAGCUAUGGAGAAAUUAGUAGAAAAGGGCUUGGUGAAAGCUAUUGGCCUCUCAAACUUCAACAGUCGACAGAUAGAUGAUGUUUUUGCUGCAGCUACUAUCAAGCCAUCAGUGCUGCAGGUAGAGUGUCAUCCAUACUUGGCUCAGAAUGAACUGAUUGGGCAUUGCCAGAAACUUGGAUUGAAAGUGACUGCCUAUAGUCCACUUGGUUCCUUUAAUCGUACGUGGAAAGACACAGAUGAACCAGUGUUACUUGAAGAUUCUGGUAUUAAAGCAAUAGCCAAUAAGCAUGGAAAAUCACCCGCUCAAGUGCUGCUUAGGUGGCAGGUACAGCGUGGGGUAGUAGCCAUUCCCAAGAGUGUCAAUGCAGAACGAAUUGCACAGAACCUGCAGGUGUUUGAUUUCACACUGACUGAAGAUGAAAUGAAAAUAAUUGGAAGUCUCAAUAGAAACUGCCGGUAUAUUGUUCCAAAGUUGAAGGUUGAUGACAAAUUUGUGCCAAGAGAUGCACUGCAUCCACAUUACCCUUUCCACGAUCCAUAUUAGUGAUGCCCUUCCAUGAUCCAUAUUAGUGAUGGUGGGAUGAGCCAUUGCUGCCUCAGUAUUUGUUGUAUCGUUUGGUAAACCAAUUCUGCUCAUAAAAUUGAAUGUGUUGGCAUUAUAUAGAAGGAACAUGUAGUCACUCUUUAAGAUAUUCGUCUGCCAGUAAUUCAUUCAAAAAUUUAAAUGUUUGGAAAUAAAAUCAACUCCUGUA